AUGCUCCGAAAUGGCAAGCAGAGAUUGCUCUCUGUUUUACUGACCUGCUUGUUUGUUACGGCACUGACUACAUGCUCUUUUCAUCAUCAUCUUACGGUUUUUGCUGCAUCCCAUGCCAAACAAGUCCCAAAGUUUGUUCGAGUCAUUCAAACAGCACAAAACACCUCGGAUCGACUUUCUCCGAUUGCACCUCUUUAUUUCAAAAAGAGAAAUAACAAAAGCACUCCUUCUGAUCCUUUAACAAUGAGCCAUGUCAAGAAGAACAAGGGAGGUAUUCAAGAGGACGAGCCAAAUAUUGUUUUGCUUAAUCCAAAUCGUCUGCUCCAAAAGAUCAUUGGUUUCGGUUGUGCCAUUACAGAGAGUGCUUCCUUUGUAUUUUCAACCAUGAAUGAACAAAUGAAACAAGACAUUCUCAAUCUGUAUUGGAGUCCCUCUGGUUUAAAUUAUACCAUCGGGAGAAUACCAAUGAAUUCAUGUGACUUUGCCUUAGGAACGUAUAGUUGUGAUGAUACAGUCAAUGAUUUUGAAUUGAAAGACUUUUCCAUUCAUCGAGAUAAGCUCUACAAGCUACCGAUGGCCUUACGAGUGGUGAAUACGACAGAGACUUUUCAUGGAAAGCCUCUCAAAUUGUUCCUAUCACCAUGGUCGCCUCCUGCAUGGAUGAAGACGAAUCAUAAUAUGAACGGAAGUGGUUUACCUUUGGGAUUGAUCAAUAAUACUCAAGUGUUGAAAUCGUGGGCAUUGUAUUUUAGCAAGUAUAUUGAUUCGUACAAGAGAGAAGGUAUCGAUUUUUGGGGAUUGACGAUACAGAACGAACCAGAAUAUGCCGCACCCUAUGAAGCAUGCGUCUACACAGCUGAAUAUGAACGAGACUUCAUUAAGCAUUAUUUGGGACCUCUCAUGAAGAGUACUCAUCCUGACGUGAAUAUCAUGAUUUAUGAUCACAAUCGAGAUCAUGUUCAUUUGUGGGCUCAAACCAUUUAUUCUGAUCAGGAAGCUGCAAAAUAUGUGGAUGGAACUGCAUUCCAUUGGUAUUCUGAUGGCACGUAUGAGCAUUUAGAUUUGGUGCAUGACAUGGCACCUGACAAGAUUUUACUUGGAACAGAGGCUACGCAAGGACCCAAUGUCAAUUAUGGUGAUUGGUCCAGAGGAGAAAGUUAUGGAUUUGACAUUAUCAACGAUUUGCAACAUUAUGCGCAAGGUUGGACGGAUUGGAAUUGCCUUCUCGAUGCCAUCGGUGGUCCCACACACAUGAAUAAUUGGUGUGAUGCUUUAAUUUUGGCCAAUAACAAGACACAAUCUCUUUACUUACAACCAAUGUACUACUAUAUGGGCCACUUUUCGAAAUUCCUAAUUCAAGAUUCAAGAAGAGUUUCACUGGUUCAGUCGAGCAGCGACCUGUUAGUGACCUCAUUCUUAACACCUGAGAACAACAUUGUAGUUGUUGCAAUGAAUAAUAAGGACAAUCCCUUGAAAUUCCAGCUCUUGGAUAUGAAUGUUGGAUUGGAGUAUUAUGUAGACGUUGAGCUUCCUCCACACAGUAUUCGAACCAUGAUCUACCCUCAUGAGAAGUGA